CAUGCCUAGUUUUUAGCCUAGCAUCGGUUGAGUCAGUUGAGCUGUACAUAUAUAAACCAGUGUAACACCAGAUGAUGAAUACAAGAGCUGUUGCACGCCCUCUCUCUCUAUAUCUCGCUCUGGCUCCAACAUGGUAUCAGUUUAAUUGAGAUCCGUUUCUUCCGCUGCCCCACCCUUCCCACGCCAUGAGCUCCUCCUCCUCCAACUCUUCCACCGGCGACUCCUCCUCCGACGAGCCGUUUGAUCUCCCGGUUGCCACCCAAACCCUGCCCACUCUUCAGGUCCAAAGCCUUCGCAUCCGGGACCACGUUCUCAUCACCCUCGACUACGAGAAAGAAAACUACGGCCUCUGGCGCCGUCAGUUUCUCUCCGCCCUCGCCAAGUUCGGCCUCACCGAUCAUGUCGACGGCUCGCCGGCGCAGGCUACAUCCGACUGGGCGCUCAACGACUUCGCCGUCCUCUCGUGGUAUAACGCCACCGUGACGCCCUCAACCUUGGAGAUCGUCCAGGAGCGCAAGAACUCAGCGUACACCAUAUGGCGCUCGCUCCGCUCGCUCUUCCGUAGCAACCGCGAUGCGCGCAUCACCUAUCUCCUUGAUGAAUUUCACAGUUUUCUUCAAGGAGAUCUUUCCGUCGUUGAGUACACUUCUCGGCUCAAGCAGAUGGCUGACACCCUUCGGGACCUCGGCCAUCGCAUCAAGGACCGCGACCUCGUCCACAACGUCCUCCGCGGCCUCGACGAGCGCUUCCAGCACGCCGUUCCCCACAUGACGAGUGGACGUCGGCCCUCCUUCAUCAAGCUGCGCUCCUUCCUCCAGCUCGAGGAGCAGCGCCUCAGCCGCCAGGCGCGCGUGGCCGCGCGCACCGCACUCAUCGCCCAGGCCAGCGCCUACUACGCGGCGCGACCUCCGGCGCCGGCGCCGGCGCCCGCUCCGGCCUCCUUCAACCCGGCCCUGCUCGGCCCUCUGCCCCACGCCGCCGGCAGCUCGGCCGGCUCCUCCGGGGCACGCGGCCGCCCAAAGAAGCGCAAGGCCAACCCAGCGGGGCCUGGAGGCUCCUCUUCCGGCGGGGUUGCUCCUGCUGGGCUUCUCCCUGGACCGCGUCCUCCUACUACUGUCGCCGGCACCUUCCAAGGGAUACUUGGUGCCCGGCCACCUGCCCCGACUCUGCCCCAAGCGCACCAGGCCACAACGGUGGCGUCGCCUUCCCCACAAUGGGAUCAGGCGGCUCUCAUCGCCGCCCUCAAUCAGAUGGCGCUGCAUCCGCCCUCUGCACCCGGCGGCGAAUGGGUCCUCGACAGUGGCGCUUCGUCCCACAUGAGCUCCGGUUCCGGAUCUGGCCACAAAGACGGUGCUUCUCCGAUGUGACUCCUCCGGCGACCUCUACACCUUCGCCCCGUCAAGCCACUGCCUCACCGCCGCCGUCACCGCCGACUUGUGGCACCAGCGCCUCGGCCAUCCUGGAGCCGCCGCCCUUGCCAAAGCCUCUUCUUUUUUUGAUUUCAGUUGUAAUAAAACCUCGACGACACAUUGCGAGGCUUGUCGUCUAGGCAAACACACUAGACUUCCCUUUAGUUCUUCUUCCUCUCACACUUCUUUUCCUUUUGAACUUUGUCAUUGUGACUUAUGGACGAGUCCGAUCUCAAGUGUAUCUGGUUAUCAAUAUUAUUUGGUCA